CCUCUCCUGGCCUAACUAGUUCACUGGGACUUCAGCACAUGCUUGAGGAGAGGAGGGACGGUGCAGUUGUCAAGGUGCUAACUAGGCACUCAGGGGUCCUCCGUUCAAAUCCCUGCUCUGCCACAGGCUCCAUGUGUGACCUAGGGCUGGUCAUUUACUUCCCAACAACUCUCAAGGGAUUUAAGUACCUUAGUCCCUCUUGAAAGUGGGACUUUGCCUCCCAAGUCGCUUAAGGGCUUUUGAAUAUGUUUUUCCAAGUCUCUCUGGGUCUCCAUUCCCCAGCUGUAAAAUGGGAAUAACUCUUUGUACCUCACAACGGGGUGAUCAGGAUAAAUAGGUACAUAGAGAUGUGAAAAGAGCUUUGAUGAAUUGGCGGCCUGGUGCCAUAGAUGUGCCUGGUACAGGUACAUUGGUGUCAUCCCAUACAAAGUUCCUAUGGUCCAGGCAAAUCAUCUUAGCUAUAACUAAUUCUGCUGCAAUUUCAGCACAGGGUUCAUGGGGGUAACACUGUUUAUGAUAUGAGUAAAGUCCAAGACCCCUGCAGCUGUGGGCUCGCGGCUGGGUGGGGCUGGGCCCCACUCCUGAGUGAGUUGUGACCCCUUUCAUUCGGUUGCAAUGCUAAUCUACUGAAGGGUGGACCCCCCAAAUCUGAGUGGUGCAGCAAGCACGUGGGUCAGGUUGCAAUGCCUGGAACUGGAAGCUGAGCCCUGCCCCGCCCUGCCCCCAUCCUCAGCCAGGAGAUGCUGCUGUAGGGUGAGUGCAGGGAGCGUUCAUUUUCUGUCACCCGCCAACAGAUCCCCGCUAUCCUACCUUCUGUGACAGAUAAUUGUUUUCCUGCACCUCUGCUGUGAAAUUUAUUUCAAUUGUCCCUGAUAACCUUGCAGCCCUAGCUAUAAAUAUAACAGAAAUUUAGCCACAUUGGGGCAGACCCGGGUCUAUCAUGCAGUGGAGACGCACCCUUAGGCACAUUGGAAAAUUAUGCCCUAAAUACUAUUGCCUCCAGUCACACUUCAUAGGUACAAAUUCACCUUACACUGGAUCUUCUCCAAUACAAGUGUAUUAAAAGCCAAGAGAAAGCGGCUGUAAUUAUUUUCAUUGGUUUCGUUUCUACAGCAUGUUUUACACAAACAAAUUAAACCCGAUCUUACAAACCCACGGGCUGCAAGACAAACAGCCACCAAGGAAAUGACCUGAAUUGCUGCACAGGAGCAAAUAUUUCAAAGAAGGUUCAGAGCCAGCUGCUCGGAUAGUUGCACUUGCUUUUGUGGUCAGUUUCAAGCCAUUCAUUUUGCCACCUUCGUUCUGUUUGUUCCGCUAGCAAAGCGCUUGGGCUGUUUGGUUUUUCAGUUCUCUCUCCCAGCUUUUGGUUACCAAAGAUGUGGAAAUUGCUCCCCCAGUUCAUCUGUAGAGGAAAUGGUUGGAGCAAAGGAGAAGCAGAAGAGUCCAUGAAGUAAAGACAAAAAUCAAUUUACCUUUGAGUAGUGUGAAACAAAUGCAAUUUCUUGGCACAAACCAGAGACUUUGAGAAAAUGUAUCAGUGAGGAAUUCUCCACUAGGCAGUGUGGCCUAAUGGAUAGCAGCGCACAGGCCUGAGAUUUGGGUUCUAUUCCUGGCUUUACUACUGCAUGAUCUUGAUGGUACAAGUGCAGGUUUAUCUGCACCAACUUCAGCCGUUCCUGUUUGUGAACAUCAAUGAUACAGCAAAGAUCCAGUGCUCUUCCAAAAAACAAUUUUUAGCAGGAGGUAUAACAGCUCGGUGGUACAGGAGACGGGAAGGUGAGGUCCCCAUGUUAAUUAAGAGAUGCUCAGAUAAUCAAAAUGUAAGUAAAGUUGCUUGCAUAUUGGAAGGACACAACUUGACACUGGCAAUCUACAAUGCACAACGGAAUGACUCGGGGGUCUAUUACUGUACCGAUUUGUACAUCAUCUUCUUGACUUUUGGCAAUGGAUCCACCCUGAUUGUUGGAGACAGUUACACCACCAGCAGUUGGGUGCUGUCUCUGGCUCCAUCUCCCCACGGCCUCCUCUCCUCCGGGACGGCUGAUCUGGCUUGCGUGGUCCAUGGAGUUUCCAACCUAGUCCAAAUUUCCUGGAGUAUUUCUGGGGAUCUACAGGAACAGGGUCUGAUGCGUUCACUGAAAGCAAAGGAUGGCUCCUUCGUGUUCAUAAAUCACAUCAGCAUCCCCAUGGACACCUGGACCAGUGGGAAGAAUUUCACCUGUGACGUUAAAUUCAACUCUUCUGGAAAGAGUAUUAAGAAAAUUGCCAGAUAUAUUGAAGCUUCCUCCACAGCCCCUGCCAGCGAGUGCUCACAUUACAUUGUGGCCCUUGCGGCUAGUGCUUGUCUGCUGCUGCUGGUGGUGUCUCUGAGCCUCGUCUGGACCCUCUGCCCUUCCACGCUAGGAUUCCAGCCCAGGGUCUCAGCACCCCCAGCUUCCGAGGAGCACCAGGGUGGAAUCUUAUACGCUCAUCUGGAUUUCGAUUCGCGGAAUCGCAACGGGCGCACAAUGCAAGGACCGGCCAGAGGGAAACAAGUAAAACCCUGAACUCUCUAGUGCAGGGGAAUCCACACGUGGGAACUGAUGUCUGGUUCUCUGCUGAUCGGACGUAGCAGCUGGAAGAAGCCUCUGUUUGUUGUCUUUCUUUUUGUAUUUUCUCCACUUCUCUGUUUCGAAUAAAAAGCUCAGAAGAUCCCCACAGGGUCCAGCCUCAUUAGGUGGGAAAUCUCCUUUUGGGGUAUAAAGGCAUCAUGGUGUAGAUGACUUUACACGUCACUUAUGUAUUAGAUUAGAAGCUCUUUGGGGCAGGGAGUGUCUCUUUGUCCUAUGUUUUGUGCAAUGUCUAGCACAGAGAGGCUCUGGUCCAUAACUGGGGCUCCUGGGUGCUAUGGUAAUACAAUCAUCAUCAUCAACAUCCUCCCUCUAUCUGCAGAGGGACCCAGACACAGCUGAAUGGCUGCAGCUUCCCUGCACAAAGAGUGAGGCCAGAUGGCAGAAGCUGGCAGAGGGGACGUGCAGCCCCUGUCUACGCCACAGCUCCCAACUCCCCUGAUCCUCAGCAGGCACGUGCUCCCUUUGCAUUAACGUUACAUGGACGUGCAGUGGGAUUGUGAAGGGGAAGGAUGGAUGCAGCAGGAGCUGGGAGGGAUGAGAAUCUCUUCCUAGGCCAGGGCUGGAGCUGCUAUUCCAGUGCUUCCUCUGCAAGCUGCUGCUUUCCCCCCAUGGGUGAGAUUCACAGAGCCCCUUGCGCCAGCCCCCUGCACCAUCUAACGAUAACAACACGUUAUCAAUGACUGGAGCUCUCCUGGUGCCUGAGCCUGCACGCGCUGCCUGUUUGCAUCACAACUUGCUGUUUUUCAAGCUGUCAUUCGAACUGUCUCUCAUUAAAAAGGGUCGGCAACCCCA